AUGAGUGCUCAUCCCCACGUUCUCAAUGACUGUGACCAGAAUGCCAUUUGUGUGGACACCGUCGAGGCGUACACCUGUAUCUGCCGACCUGGAUUCACCGAUAUGGACGAGUUCAGAAAUCCCGGACGACGCUGUCAUAAAGAAAAGACUAAUGACCGCUGCUCUGUUGGCAAGAACGACUGCGACCGAAAUGCUCGUUGCACACAAAUUGGUAAGCUGACUGGAUCAAUUUCUGUACAGCGUUUUGAAUACCCUUCGUCUAGGGCGGGUGUGCAUCCCUGUGAUACCGAGUGCGAUAACCCAACGCUGAAUGACUGCGACUCACCAGAUAGGGCGAUUUGUACAGACACUGAUGACGGGUACAUGUGUAGGUGUCGUCAAGGUUUCCUCGACAUUUCACCAAGCAUCGCUUCGAAGCCAGGAAGACUCUGCAAGCCCUUGCAAAACGAGUGUGCCCUGAAGACCGACGACUGCGCUCGGGACGGAGGAAUCUGCGAAGACACGCCGGACUCAUACAUGUGUCGUUGCGCCAUCAACUACCUCGACGUUUCUUUCGAUAGAGUGAACAGGCCGGGCAGAAAGUGCAAACGAUUGGUAGACGAAUGCGCAACUGGACAGAAUGAUUGCUCGCGAGAGGCGAUCUGUACUGACACAGAGGACAGCUACAUGUGCUCUUGCCCACCCACUCAUAUCGACCUCUCCGCGGAUCCGAUCAACCGUCCCGGGAGGAAGUGUUUGCUUCGAAUCAACGAGUGUACUUCGGGACGUCAUGACUGCUCCCCCAACGCUGACUGUAUGGACACUCCAGAAUCCUACAAAUGUCGAUGUCGAGACGACUUUGUCGAUGAAUCGCCUGACAUCAUGCACCGUCCUGGACGGAUCUGUCGACCGGCUCUUGUCGAUGAAUGCCGUCUGGGCAAGCAUGAUUGUCAUGCUGACGCCUUUUGCCAGGACUUGCCGCAGGGUUAUACGUGCAGAUGCAAACCCGAGUUCCUGGACCAGUCACCAAAUCGGGCCACUCAUCCGGGCCGAAUGUGCGUGCCACGUCCUACUCCACCUCCUCCAGAAUGUCGCAUUGAUGGUCCAAAUCAGUGCAAGGCGCAUUUGAACGAGGUGUGCCGACUAGUAAUGGGCGAGCCGAAAUGCGCCUGCCCUAUCAAUUAUCAGAGAGAUUCAGCUGGCUCUUGUUCAGUGAUUAACGAGUGCGACUUCCCACAACUAGUUGAUUGCCAUCCUUCCGCUGACUGCAUCGACCAGCUGGUUGGAUACACCUGCGCUUGCCGGCCAGGCUUCAAGGAUAUUGGGGAGAAGCCCGGUCGUAUAUGCAAACCCUUGGUGAAUGAGUGUCAAUUCCCUCAUCUGAACGACUGCCACCAGCAUGCCCAAUGCAUCGACCAAGAGGAGGGAUAUGAAUGCAGAUGUAAUCACGGAUUCAUGGAUCGCUCACAUGGGCGACCUGGAAGAAUUUGCAAGCAACUCAUUGACGAGUGUGCCGUACCGGGAAUGAACAGCUGUGACAGAAACGCCAGAUGUAUCGAUGAAGAAGAGGGUUAUCGUUGUGAGUGUCGUGAGGGAUUCCUAGAUGUGUCACCUUCGCCACAAUUCAAGGGAAGGAGCUGUCGACGAUUGGUGAACGAGUGCCGUGACCCGAAGCUCAACGACUGUGACCGGAACGCCAAGUGUCGUGACACGAUGGACUCCUACGAAUGCGAGUGCCCGUCCAAUUCCAAGGAUAUUUCACCGAGUCCAGCUUUUCCUGGCCGUGUCUGCCUACUGUUUGAGAACGAAUGCGAGACGGGCAAGCACGACUGUGACCAAUCGGCCAUUUGCCACGAUAACGAGCAGUCCUUCUCAUGCGAAUGUCCCGCAGGCUUCGUGGACAGGUCGCCUAACAAAAUGCAUCGCCCCGGACGAGUCUGCGUGAAGCUGAUCUCCAGCUGCUUAAUUACAGUUAUCAAUGAAUGCGAUUCGCCGAAUCUCAACCAUUGGGACCGCAAUGCAAUGUGUAUUGAUAGAGAAGGAGGGUACGAUUGCAAGUGCAAACCACCGUAUCGAGAUGAAAGUCCUGCCGGACAUCCUGGCCGCGUCUGUCGUCUGAACGAAUGUCUCGACAGUAAUCUGAACAACUGCGAUCGUAACGCUGAAUGCCAGGACAUGGAUGAUGGCUACAUUUGUAGCUGCCGUGAAGGAUACUACGAUCAAUCACCGAAUCCUCAAGAACCCGGUCGUGUCUGUCUCGAAUUCCAGGUCGACCAGAAAAUCGAGCAGGCUACGCACACACCCGUGCAGACCCAUCCACUCAACGAUGGUCUGCCUUGUGGUCGCGAGUUCUGCAAAAUUGCCAUGGGUGAAGUUUGCAUCAGCGGAUCGUACUGCGGUUGUCGUCCUGGCGAGAGCAGAUCGGUAGCGACUGGACGAUGUGAACGAGUGGUGGAAACACCGAUGCAGAUCCGAGUAGUCAAUCGCGAUUCUCGUCCUUUGCUUUAUUCCAGCGAGUAUGGGUCUUCUAAGAGCCCACCUUAUGUGGAAAUUGUUGACAUGUUCCAGAAAGACAUGGCUAGAACCUUCGGCGGCACCAUAUAUGCCCCUCGAUACGUCAACACGAAAGUGGAGUACAUCACUCAUCCGAAGACUGUCAACAGCUCCUGGCCAGACGGUCUUCUCUUCAAGUACGACGUGCAGACAACUCCAUCGAAACAGCAACCCGUCGACAAAUGCGAUCUGUGGAAGCAAAUGAUGGCGUCGUUACAGCGCACAAAUGGACUCAUCGGUAAGCCAAGGAGCUACACUGUCCCU